GGGACCCCGGCGCGUGCCGCUCCUUAAAGGGGGGCGCGGCGCGCGCUCCGACACCGGAGCCGUCGGGGCGCCACGCGCGCCGCCCCAUGUGCGCGCGGCGCUAGAGCCAUGAGCCUCCCCUGGGCCGAGCGCGCCCGGGACCCGCCGCCGGAGCCGCCGCCGGGGCCGGGGCCGGAGCCGGGCGGGUGCGGCGGCUUCGCGCCGGGCUCGUGGCUUGGCGUGUGCUGCGCCGCCCGCCUGCCCGCCGCCGCCUCGCCGCGCUACCUCCUGCCCGCGGAGGACGAGGAGGCGGCGGCGGAGGGCGGCGCGGCGCGGGCCGGCGGGGGCAGCCCCGGCGGGGCGCGGGGCGGCGGGCGGCCGCGGGGCGGCGGCGGCGGUGCCGGGCUGCGGGCGCAGGUGAGCGGCGUGCAGAAGCAGCGGCGGCUGGCGGCCAACGCGCGGGAGCGGCGGCGGAUGCACGGGCUGAACCACGCCUUCGACCAGCUGCGCAAUGUCAUCCCCUCCUUCAACAACGACAAGAAGCUCUCCAAGUACGAGACGCUGCAGAUGGCGCAGAUCUACAUCAGCGCCCUGGCCGAGCUGCUGCACGGCCCCGCCGCCCCUCCCGACGGCCCCGGCAAGGCCGAGCACCGCGGGGCCCCCUUCGAGCCGCCUUGCGCCGCCGCCGGGGCAGGAGCGCCGCCCGGGCCGCCGGCGCCGCCGCCGGGGCCGCCCAGAGCGUCGCCGCCCGGGCACGGCAGGACUCGCUUCCCCCCGCCGCCGGCCGCGGGGGGCUACUCGGUGCAGCUCGACCCGCUGCACUUCUCCUCCUUUGCGGAGGGCGCCCUGAUGGGACAGAGAGCCCCUUCCCCCGCCCUCCUCAUGCCGCAGUCCGGGCAGCCGCCGCAGGAGAGGAGCAAAACUUCGCCCCGGUCCCACAGGAGCGACGGGGAGUUCUCGCCCCGCUCCCACUACAGCGACUCGGACGAGGCCAGCUAAGGCGGGGGGGGGUCGUCCCCCGCAACCCCCCGGCCGCCCCGGGGCCGCGGCCGCCCCUAGAAGCACAGACUCCGCCGUGGGGUGAGCAGCUGGCCGCGGUGCUGCCUCGGACGGCGUCAGCUCCCCUUGGUCGCUUUGAAAUUCACCCCCUCGUCUCCCACCCCCGGUAGCCCCUGGGUCUGUCCAGGAGAGAUGGCUGUUAGCGAGUGACUGUACCCGCCCUGUCUGUCAGGGUCAGUUGGUUGUUUCCAUUUUUAGUUACCACUUUAAAAGUUUCUUUUGCCUAGAAGUCGUUGCCGUUCCCUUCUGCCAACACGCCACCUCGCAGCGCGGAGCCUGGCUUGCCCUGCCGGCGAGCAGGUGAUGCGCAAGGAGAAAGCCUGGCCCCGCUGCCGGGGGUGCCGGGGUGCCGCCGGCGCCAUCCCCACCCGGCCGUGAACCCGCCCUGACACCCCCGUUUUCCAGGACACCGAUUCUGCCCUGGGUCGUACUGCUGUGGAAACACAGACACACACAAAAAGUCAAUAACGCACCGCCUUGACCUGUAAAUAGCGGAGAAAAUUUGGAUUUUCCUUAGAGCACCAUUUCGGCGUCUUUUUGGGGGGAAACUUGGCGCAAGCACUUUAUCAGCGGCUGGAGAUGCAGUCUCAAGAGGAAAGCUACUAACCGCCAAUUGGAGACCGAUAUUUAAUUAAGCCACUUAAUCCGAACUCUCCUAAAAACGAAAACAGCUUUGUCGUGUCAAA